CCAGCCUGACAGGCAGCCGGGGAGAGGGAGGGAGGAGACCGGCCAGGAUAUCGCUCACACCAAGAGGAUCGGCCAACCCAUCGUUAACGCCAGAUUCCCCUCUGAUCCAACGGAGAGAGAUCCGGAGCCGCUGAUCCUUUCUGAGAGCGGCCGUGUCCCCGGCCCCUGCGGCCCGCCGGCAUAAUGAUCCCCAUUCUAACCUGGCUCCUCAUCAUCAUCUUCCUGCAGGACGGAUCAACGUUUCAGGUCGCACUCACCCAGGACAACUGUCUGGUUAUUUCUCUGGAAUCUCCCGACGUCCUCAGCACCAAGUCUGUGUAUCUGGUGAAGAUAACCGGCGAGUCCAAGAAUUACUUCUUCCAGUUUGAAGAGUUUAACAGCACGUUGCCCAGUCCCCUGGUGUUUAAUGCCACUUAUCAUGGUCUCUAUUACAUUAUAACUCUCAUUGCCGUCAACUCCAACAUGGCGUCUCGCUCCAUUAAAUCUAUCACCGUGUUGACCAAACCCCUUCCUGUGAGCCACGUAGUCAUUCAUGACUAUAGACCCUCUCCCCAGACUGGAGUAGUCUUUGAAGUACAAUACCCAGAAAAAUUCAACGUCUUCUCAAGAGUUAAUAUAAGUUACUGGGAAGGCAGCCAUUUCCGCACUGUGUUAUAUAAAGAUUUCUUCAAGGGCAAAACUGUUUUCAAUCACUGGCUGCCUGGCACGUGCUAUGGAAAUAUAACUCUACAGCUCGUGUCUGAGGCCUCAUUCAACAAAAGUACCUUGGUGGAAUAUAGUGGAGUUGGCCAUCGCCCACAGUUCCACCGGACAGUGCCUUUCCCACCCAGAAAUAUAUCUGUACAGAUAUUAAGGCUAAACCUCAGCUUUACUGAUUUGCUUAAUGGAAAGAAUAAUGAAGAUUCUUUGAAGAAAUAUCAAGAUUUUACAGAGCCAGAAAGCUCCGCAGAAAUGUUUGAGGAUCAGAAUGAAAGAUCAACGUUCCCUUCACUUUACAACUCAACUGACCCCCAGUACAAAAAUAACACUUUACCUGAAGCCACAUCUCAGCCUUUUUGGUGGGCCAAUGAGACCCUCCCGCCAGACACUGAUGGGUUCGUGAAUGGGGUGCUCCCUGACUAUGAAGACCCCCCAGUAGGAAGUUCUGUGCCCAAUUCCUCUUCCUUGAGCUUCAAGUUGCUGAUCUCCUGGCUGCCCCCAAAAGCUCCCACCGCAUAUGAUGGUUUCAACAUUUACAUAUUCAGAGAUGGCAAUGCCAGUGCUGUGACAGCUGUGGAUGAGAGCGCCCAUGAGUUUGUGGCAGAGAUGAGAGAACCAGGGAAAUACUGGGUGGAAAUCACCUCUUUCAGCUCUACAGGAUCCUGUGAGAUUCGAGAAAGCAGUGCGGCUAAAGCCAUUAGCUUCUACAUCAGCCCAGCCGGCGAUUGGUUGGAGGAAAUGACGGAAAAACCAAGGGACGUUGCUGUGAAAAUUGUGAAUUCGACAACUGCUGUCGUAUCGUGGGCUCCGUCUCCCAACACGAGUCCCAUAGUCUCCGUCGUCUCGCUGACUUGCCCCAAGCAGAAGGAGAGCCAGAGGCUGGAAAAACAUUACUGCAAAGAGGUAAAUUCAUCCAGUAACAUCAUUGAAAAUUUGGUUCCAGGGGCUCAAUACAAAGUGGCUGUCUACUUUCAGAGGUCCCCGCUGAUUGGCCCUCCCUCCAAAGCAGUUCUUUUUGCAAUAGAUCCACCUGGGGUAACGGACCUGUUGCUUUACCCCCUGGGCCCGUCGGCAGUGGUUUUGGGUUGGCGCCGGCCGUACCUCGGUGCCUUCAGGAAAUACAUGGUGGAAAUGUUUUACUUUAAUCCGGCCGCCAUGUCAUCAGAAUGGACUCCUUACUAUGAAGUAGCGGCGACUGUCUCUUUAACUGCGUCAGUGAAAGUGACCCAUUUGCUCCCAGCCUGGUACUACAAAUUCAGGGUGACGAUGGUAACGUGGGGGGAACCCCAGCUCAGUUGCUGUGACACCACUGUGAGUUUUGUAACAGCGCCAGUGGCCCCCCAGAUCACCAGCGUGGAAUAUUCUAAUGGGCUUCUUCACAUCACAUGGGCCUAUGGGGAUGGGGCGUUUGAUCUGUCGCAUUCAAGGAUAUUGCACUGGCAAGUGAUUGCCGAAGGAAAGAAUCGAAUUAAAAAGAGUGUUUCCCGAAGUGGGACGGCAACUGUCAUAAGUGUCCCCCCCGGAGACAUCUAUAAUAUCACUGUCACUGCUUGUACUGAGAGGAGCAGCAACACUUCCCUGCCCCACAUUGUUACAUUGGAUCCUGCGCCAAUAAGAACUCUCUUUGCCGUGAACAAAACGCAGACGUCGGUGACACUCCUGUGGGUGGAGGAAGGAAUCGCAGAUUAUUUUGAGGUGUCCUGUUGGCAGAACCGAGAGCCCGGCGCCGAGACAAACCAGAAGGAUCCUGUUGCUGUUUUCUCCCACAUUGUGACAAUCUCAAGUCUCCAGCCGGACACCUCCUAUAACUGCAGUGUGACCAGCAUCAGCCACCGUACCCCCAGCGCCCCCACCUUCCUCACCGUGUCCACUCUGGUUGCUGAGUUGAACCCCAAUGUGGUGGUUAUUUCGGUGCUGGCAUUGCUGAGCGUCCUGCUGAUAGCGCUGCUCUUUCUCAUGCUGAUUGUGCUGCGGAGAAAGCACCUACAGAUGUCCAGGUCAGAUGUGUCCAUAGGGAAAAGGGGGAUCAGUGAGACUGCCAGCAUCACCCCCAAAUCUGCACACACUGCUCAGGGCAGUUAUUAAUGUAUUGGCUAAAAGUGUGAUAUUAUUAUCAGACACAUUUACUCUUCUCUCUGUCUGUGGCUCCUGUACCCCUCUCCCUGUAUGUGGCCCCUGCUCCUGUACCCCUCUCCCUGUCUGAGGCCCCUGCUCCUGUACCCCUCUCCCUGUCUGAGGCCCCUGCUCCUGUACCCCUCUCCCUGUCUGAGGCCCCUGCUCCUGUACCCCUCUCCCUGGCUGAGGCCCCUGCUCCUGUACCCCUCUCCCUGUCUGAGGCCCCUGCUCCUGUACCCCUCUCCCUGGCUGAGGCCCCUGCCUGUCACUUAUUACUAUGUAUACAGCAGCUUCCACUACUUUAACACCUCCUGACUCUGCAUCACUGAAUAGUUUUUUAUAUUUGAUUAUUUAUUGACGUUUUCUGUAGUUCUUAGUGGGUUGUGUCAGUGGGUAGUGUCAGUGGGUUGUGUCAGUGGGUAGUGUCAGUGGGUAGUGUCAGUGGGUUGUGUCAGUGGGUUUUGUCAGUGGGUAGUGUCAGUGGGUUGUGUCAGUGGGUAGUGUCAGUGGGUAGUGUCAAUGGGUUGUGUCAGUGGGUAGUGUCAGUGGGUAGUGUCAGUGGGUAGUGUCAGUGGGUUGUGUCAGUGGGUAGUGUCAGUGGGUAGUGUCAGUGGGUUGUGUCAGUGGGUAGUGUCAGUGGGUUGUGUCAGUGGGUUGUGUCAGUGGGUAGGGCAGUUGCUCUGAAACUGAGGGGUUUUGGUGUCUGUGUUACAGAAACACAGAGGGAGCCCAGUUGGCCAGUAACUGAUACAAAGGGAACAUGUAGGGACUCCCCUUACUCCAUUAUUCCCAAAACCACUAAUCGUCUCUCUCUAACAGGGACUGUGGAGCUGGAACCUUUGUCAAUUUUGCCUCAUUGGAAAAAGAUGGAAAACUUCCCUACAACUGGCGUAGGAGUAUAUUUGCCUUUCUAACAGUUCUCCCCUCUUGCCUCUGGACUGAUUAUCUGUUGGCUUUUUAUAUUAACCCUUGGAAUAAAAAUGGGCUGAAGAAGAGGAAACUGACCAACCCCGUGCAGCUUGAUGACUUUGAUUUAUACAUAAAGGAAAUGUCCAAAGACUCUGAUUACAAAUUCUCCCUCCAGUUUGAAGAACUAAAGAUGGUCGGACUGGAUAUUCCGCACUUUGCCGCCGACCUUCCAUCAAACAGAGGCAAAAACCGCUACACGAAUAUCCUGCCAUAUGAUUGCAGCCGCGUGAAACUGAUUUCUCUAGAAGCCGAUGAAGGAGCCGAUUAUAUCAACGCCAAUUACAUUCCGGGCUACAGUGCCGCCCAGGAAUAUAUCGCCACUCAGGGGCCCCUGCCGGAGACCAGGAACGACUUCUGGAAAAUGAUCCUUCAGCAGAAGUGCCAAGUUAUUGUCAUGCUGACCCAGUGCAACGAGAAGCGGCGGAUUAAAUGUGACCACUACUGGCCAUUCACUCCGGAACCGGUAAACUAUGGCGAUAUCACCGUGGAGAUGGCGUCAGAGGAGGAGCAAUCGGACUGGGCGCAGCGAGUAUUUAGGGUCUCGUAUGCGGAUGAGACCCAGUGCGUCACACACUUUAACUUCACGGCGUGGCCUGACCAUGGGGUUCCGACAGUCAAUGCGGCCGAGAGUGUCCUGCAGUUUGUCCAGGUCGUCAGGCAGAAGGCGCUGAAGUCUAAGGGACCCGUAACGGUGCAUUGCAGCGCCGGCGUGGGUCGGACCGGAACCUUCAUAGCGCUGGACUGGCUGAUGCAGCACAUCCGGGACCAUGAAUUUGUCGAUAUCUUGGGGCUCGUGAGUGAGUUGCGCUCUCACAGGAUGUCUAUGGUGCAGACAGAGGAGCAGUUUGUGUUCAUCCAUCAGUGCGCGCAGUUGAUGUGGAAGAAGAAGAGGCAGCAGUUCCGCAUUAGUGACGUCAUUUACGAAAACGUCAGCAAGUCCUAAAGUUCCUGUUGUGUUGCAACCGUAUUGGCUGAAUAUUUAUUGACCAACCGCAGCCGCUGACUGUGGCUUUCCGCGUCCGGGUUGGUGGAGAAGCCGAGGGAAGUCUUCGCCUUAAAGAACCUCAUGUGUCUUUCGGACUGUUUUCAUUUAUGCAAUUUGUAGGACCAAAUUUAAUGUGAAAAAGGAGUAUCCUGUGGGGAAGGAGUGGCCCCUGGGGGGGGGGGUGUUGUUUAUUCGGCACUCACAGCACCAAUGGGACAAUUACAGUGAGAAUUCCUCAUUUAUGGAAAAGGGAACAAGUGUUUGUUACCCCCCCACCGCCACAAUGGUACUGGCUGCAGAAGUGGAUCCCUAAUGUUCAUGGUCGUAGCAGUUCCUUGUGAUCCACCUAGACCAGUGCAAUUUCAUUGGUUCACGCAGUUAAAGGGGCAGCGUCUGGCUCAUUCCACCCCUCUGAAUAUUUAACCUGUUAACAUCUGCAUUUGGUGCUGUCACAAUAGCAGAUCCUAUCAGGAAGGGUUUAGGGUUGAGCCAGGGAUCCGCUCUUGGCACUGGAUUUAUUAUUGGGUGGGAAGCGCCACUUGGGGUUUGUAGGGGGCGCUCACUCUCUCACCCACUGUAAGAAAUGGUCGGACCCAUAAGCCUCGGCCAAUGGAAGGGCUCGACACGGAUCCAGUAGCUCUCACUUAUGUUUGUUGUUGUGUCACUAAAACCACACGGGUUCUUAAUGGGACAUGGCGACCGGCGCCUCUGGGUCAGUAGCUGCGCCCGUAGCUGCGCCCAUAGCUGCGCCCAUAGCGCUCACUGUACGGAGCCGGGAAUCACUGCGCACUGAAAUAAAGUGAUGAUUUUAUGGGG